AUGAAUUAUCAAGAUCAUUUAACGAAAUUUGUUAUUUUAAAACCUCUGAAGACAAAAAGGGCCGAAGAAAUGGCUUUAAAUUUGAUAGAUAUUUAUACAAUAUUUGGUGCACCCGCUAUACUCCACUCGGAUAAUGGUCGUGAGUUUGUUAAUUCUAUUAUAACAAAUUUAAAUGAAAUGUGGGGAGACAUCAAAAUUGUGCAUGGCAAGCCUCGUCAUAGCCAGACCCAAGGAUCAAUUGAACGCGCGAAUAGGGACGUUGAAGAAAUUUUGGCUUCUUGGAUGACUGAUAAUAAAUCAAAAGACUGGCAAAUGGCAUUAAAAUUUGUGCAAUUUCAAAAAAAUCGGGCUUUGAACUCAGGUAUUGGAAGAUCACCAUACGAGGCGAUGUUUGGUUGUACAGCGAGAACAGGGUUAGCUUCAGUAGGGAUACCUUACGAUGAAAUAGAAAAACUUAAGUCAGAAGAGGAUAUUGAAGAACUAUUUAAUAACAGCAACCAUUCAGAUCAUAUUAAUGCAGUAGAAGACGAUUUAGUCAGUGUUGGAGAUCUUGAAAAUGAAGUAAACUUGGAGACUGAAAAUGAUUUAAGAAAUACUAAAGACAUAGAUAAAAGGAUUGAAAAAAUUAAAGACCAACGACAAAAAUCGGUUAUCUGUCUUGAAAAACAAGCGUCAAAAAUGUUGAGAUUGACUAACGAAAAAUUUUCAAAGCUUGAUGUCGGUACAACUGUUCGUGUCCCAAUACCAGAUGUCGAUAGAGCACGAGGUUCUCCGCGUAAUUUACUUGCUGUUAUUAUUUCAUGCGAAAAUGACAUGUAUAAAUUAUGUACAGAAUAUGGGGUGUUGAAACACAAAUAUACACGAGCACAAAUUUCUCCGUGUAAAGAAAAAUUUCUAGAGCUAGAUGAAGCCAUGAAAAAAAUUAAAGACAGGGAAAUAACAUUAAGAGAAGCCGCAGGACACGGAAUAGCUGGUCAUCAAGGAUUUAAUCGAUGCAACUGCAAAACUGGUUGUGGUACUAAAAAAUGUGCUUGCAAUGCAGCGGAAAUGUUGUGCAGUUCAAAAUGUCAUGGAAACCAAAAUUGUCACAAUAAAUCAUUAUUAUAAAUAGUACCUAUAGUAAAACAAUCAGUGUAUUAUUUGAGAUUUAUCAUCAUUUACCACUAGUUUUGGUAAAUGACAUCAAUGACCGGUGAAAGAUGUACAUUUGAAUUUAAAAUCUGGUUUUUUACAUCAUUUACCUAUAUAAUCGAAUCAUUUUGGUAAAAGACGUCAUCCACCGGAGAAUGACGACAUUCACCAAUAUUCAUCUUUCACCGUAACAUAUAUAUAUA